AUGAAUGAUAGUGAUGAAGAAGAUUUAAUAGUAAUCAAUGAUGACGAAGUUUUGGGUAAAACACGAAAGCAAAAACAGAAACUAAGAAAUCAAGUAAAGUUAAAUUAUGAUUCUGAUUCUAGUGACCCAGAAGAAAGUGAUAAUGAGGAUGUUGUGAAAGGGAAAGUUACAUCUCAAAAUGAUGACGAGGAUGAUAUGUUUGCAAGUGAUAAUGAGGAUAAAGAUAUGGUUGGUGAAUGUAGGGAAACAAAUGAAAGUAAGAAAACUCCUCAAUUCCUAGAUGUAUCUCAAUUAGAGGGGCAAGAAAAACUUGUUAUCGAAAGUGAUGUCAGUGAUACUGAUGAAGACAAUGAUGAUGAAGAGGUGGAUCAUGAAUAUUACAAUAACACAGAUGAUGCUGAUAUUUAUACAACAAGGAAAAGGAGAGCACCCAAAAUGGAAGCAUUUAAUUUAGAAGAAGAAGCAAAUGAGGGUAAAUUUGAUCUUGAUGGAAAUUAUAUCCGCAAUGAUACCAAUGGUGAGGAAUCUGCACCCGCAAACGAUGAUGUUUGGUUAAAUGAUUAUAAACGAAAAGACAUCAAGAAGGCUCGGAAAGCACAAGAAGAAAGAAAAAAGCUACAAACUAACAAACUACUAGAACGAAAUAUAAAUAUGGACCCAAUUGAUGUGCUACUAUCCGGACUAAUUGAUAUAUUAGAACCGGACGAAACUCCUAUGGAAGCAUUAGCCCGAUUAAAUUCAACGAAGAAGAAAUCUAAUAAGAAGAAACCCAGAAAUCAAAUAGAUGAACUGAAUAAAGAAUUAAUCCAAAAAGUCACUGACCUUUGUUCAACUUUAAUAAAUGAUAAGUUCUUGGAUGAUGUUUAUGAACUCACUCGAGAAGAACUUAUGAGAAAAUACCAGGUGGAGACAGGGGAAGCGUACAAACUCAAACGUGGGACCAAAAGAGCUCGAGAAGAAGAGGAUGUGGAUGAUGAGAUUGAUUAUGGUGAGAAAAUUUGGGAAUUUAGAUGGAUCGGUGAUGACGAAAUCAAUGGUCCAUAUUCUAGUUAUGAAAUGAAUCAUUGGAAGCAAUCAUACUUUAAAAAUAAGGUAGAAGUUCGAAAAGUUGGUAGUGGAACAGAAUUCAAAAAUGUAUCGUAUAUUGAGUUUACAUAG